CCUCGCCUCCACCUCCACACAUCCAAAAAAUCAAAAUCCAAAGCCCUCCUCUCUUCCCUUACCCUCUCCUCUCAGCUGAGAAGAAAAAACAGUAGCGAUAUCCAAAGCCAAUCCAUCACAACACUCUACCACUGCAAGAACAAAUGCAAACACCAACCAUGUCCACGUCCAUGGCGACGCUCACGGCGAGGCCCACGUCGACGGUGCCGGGGGCGGCAGCGAGGCUCCCCGCGCCGAGGCAAUGCUACCUCCUGCCAGGCCGCCGGGCCGGGCUCGCUGGCGGCGCCCCCUCGGCGUCAUCCAAGAAGAAGAACCCAUGGCUUGACCCGUUCGACGACGGCCCCGACGAGGACUUUGACUACACGGGCGUGUACUCCGGCGGGAAGCAGGAGGAGGACCCGCGGCCGCCGGAGGACCCCGCGAAUCCAUACGGGUUCCUCCGGUUCCCGCCGUCGUACAUGCCGGAGCUGGACAGCCUCGCGUCCAAGGUGCGCGGCGACGUGCGUCGCGCGUGCUGCGUGGUGUCCGGCGGCGUGUACGAGAACGUGCUCUUCUUCCCCGUGCUGCAGCUGCUCAAGGACAGGUACCCCGGCGUGCUCAUUGACGUGGUGGCGUCGGCGCGUGGGAAGCAGGUCUACGAGAUGUGCAAGAACGUCCGGUACGCCAACGUGUACGACCCCGACGACGAGUGGCCGGAGCCAGCCGAGUACACGCACCAGCUCGGCGUGAUGAAGAAUAGGUACUACGAUAUGAUCCUGUCGACCAAGUUGGCCGGCACGGGGCACGCGCUGUUCCUCUUCAUGUCGUCGGCGCGCGAGAAGGUCGGCUACGUUUAUCCAAACGUCAACGGGGCCGGUGCCGGGCUGUUCCUCACCGAGAUGUUCAAGCCGCCGACCACCAAUCUCUCCGACGGCGGGUACAACAUGUACCAGGAGAUGCUGGAGUGGCUAGGCCGGCCGGCGAAGGGCGUGCCGCAGCAGCCGAUACCGCCGCUGAGAGUGUCCAUCUCCAAGAAGCUGAGGGCGAUCGUGGAGGACAAGUACAGCCGUGCCGGCGUCGAGAAGGGCAAGUACAUCGUCGUCCACGGCAUCGAAUCGGACUCUGUCGCCAACAUGAAGUCCAGAGGAGACGACGACUGCCUCCUGCCCCUCGAACAAUGGGCAGAGAUCAGCUCUGGAGGCAAUGGACUGAGGCCUCUGUUUGUGCUGCCGCAUGAGAAGCACAGAGAAGAGAUCGAGGACAUUGUGGGCAAGGAGACCAGCUACAUCUUCAUCACCACUCCUGGACAGCUCACCUGCCUCAUCAACGACGCCGCCGGUGUUGUCGCGACCAACACCGCCGCUGUCCAGCUCGCCAACGCCCGUGACAAGCCAUGCGUGGCGCUCUUCUCUUCUGAGGAGAAGGCAAGGGUGUUCCUGCCGUACGCGGAGGAGAAGAAGAGCUGCACUAUCGUCGCGUCGACGACAGGGAAGCUGGUCGACAUUGACAUUGAGGCGGUGAAGAAUGCGGUCAAGGACUUCCAGCCCGCUCCCAGCUUCGCGUUGGCACAACAGUGAUCAUCUUGAUUGUGUUGUAAAUAGAUACGGACAGCAAGCUCAGCUGACCAACAAGAGAGGCCGAUUCAGCACACAUGUAUAAUGUCACCUUUGGUUUGGAACUUUGGAUGGUAAAUCAGAAACCACAGAUAAAAGAAGAAGCUCAUCAACAAA